AUGAACCCGCUCCUCCGACGGUCCUUCCAAACACCAAAUAAUUUCCCUUUUGCCUUCCCAAGCCGCCAGGGCUCUAACAGAUUCCGCUCUUAUCGAACCGCUAUGGCGUCACAGGUAAACACAGGCUAUUUGCAGACCCUUGAGGCUGUCAGCGACCAGAAAGUUAUCAUUCGAGAUAAAAUUUAUGGCGAGCAUACCAUCACCGAACCAGUGCUCACAACCCUGCUCCAGAGCCCCGAGCUCUUACGUCUGCGGGGAGUCUGUCAACACGGAGUUACCGCUCUUCUGGGCUUUGGCCCUCGCGUCACCCGCUAUGAGCAUUCGGUCGGUGCAUUUCUGCUAGUACGCAAAGUUGGAGCCAGUGUUGAAGAACAAGUCGCUGCUCUACUCCACGAUAUUAGUCACACCAGCCUCAGCCAUGUUGUUGAUUUCGCACUUUCAAAGCCUGGAGAAGGAAGCUACCAUGAAUUCCAUAAACCCCGCUAUCUGAAAACCAGUCAACUGCCCGAAAUACUCACCCAACAUGGGUUUGGAGACCUGAAAGUCUUUAAUGAGGAGUUGUUUCCCCUGGUGGAGAUGCCGGCCCCACAGCUUUGUGCCGACCGGCUUGAUUACUCCCUGCGUGAUGCAUUCGCUUUCGAAAAGCUCAGCCUUGAAAGAGUCCAACAAAUUUACAGAAAACUCCAGGCGUUUCCGUCAUCUUCUGCACCAAACCGUCUUUUCGUUCUCGAUGACCCACACCUCGCCUUGGAUUAUGCCCGUGCAUAUAUGGCAGUGGAUCGCGACGUUUGGUCAAACCGGGUCUUUGCAGAUCUUUACCUGAGAACGGGAAGUAUUAUUCGUGAGCUGGUAGAGUCUGGCCGUGUUAAGGAUGAGGUGUUAUGGUCUCUGUCGGACGAUGAUUUUUGGGCCUUACUGCGCCGAGAAGCGACACCCGACAUCUCACGGGAAAUGGAUCGCCUAGAGACGGAGGCACUGCCCAGUGAGGAGAAUUUGUCUUUGCCUCAGGGCUCGAAGAUUCGGACCAUCGAUCCCGAUAUUUACCUGGAUGGGAGCGACAAACCUGUCCCUUUAUCGGGGGUCCUUCCAGAAUGGGGUAUUGAGCGACAGAACUACAUUGAUAGUCGCGAGUUAACUCGGGCAUAG